AUGGGAAAUUCUUAUGCGGGGCAACUUAACUCAAUACGUUUUGAAGAAGUAUUGCACAAUUCUAUCGAAGCUUCUCUCCGAUCCAGUAAUUUAGUCCCAAGGCCCAUUUUUUCACAGCUAUACUUAGAAGCCGAGCGGCAGCUUUCGUCUCUAGAAGCAGGCAAUAGGGUAGAUAAUGAGGAAGAGGAGGAGGAAGAAGAAGAUGAUGAUGAAGGUUCAGAAACAAGUAGCCCUCCUGUUGCUUAUCAGAUGAAACCACCACCUGAAGGUUGUUGCACUACUGAUGGUUUCUGUCAGACAGGUAAAGACCUCAGGCUAGCGUCUAUUUUAAAUGAACCAAUUGAAGUGCCUUCAGGAUUUUUACUGGUUGGUGCAAAGUCACCAACCUUACCUGAUCACCUUUUGGUGUGUGCUGUGGAUAAGCGAUUCUUGCCCGAUGACUAUGGGCACAAUGCCUUACUAGGUUUCUCUGGAAACUGCGUUGGCUGUGGCAAGAAAGGAUUCUGCUACUUUACUGAGUUUUCUAAUCAUAUCAAUCUAAAGCUCACCUCUCAGCCCAAGAAACAGAAACACUUAAAGUAUUAUCUGGUCAGGAAUGCACAGGGCACACUUACCAAAGGCUCGGCAAUCUGCUGGAAGGGGGCAGAAUUCAGAAACCGACAAUCCUCCAACAAUUCUUCCCAUACAUUAUUUCAGCCUCCAGAGAAUACAGGUUCUUCGGCAACAGUUAUGAAUGAACCAUUUCUAGCAGCACAUCCGGUAGGUCAAGCUGGAAUUCAUCAAACAACUCCUGACCAUCUCCCAUCAGCCGCUUGCCAUCCAGCCUACAAUGGGAAAGACUCUUCCUAUCAACUUUCGCUAAAAAGCAAUUUACCUUCCAUGACAAAACCAUCAGCAUUAGGCACUUUAACAAACCCAGGACCUCCCAAAAAACGCCACAAAGGAUGGUCCCCAGAGUCUCCCUCCUCCAACGAAGCCUGGAAUUUGCAGCCCAACUCACAAAUCCCAACUAGAAAUAAAAAUGAUGGAGGAGGAGGGCUCUCCUGUUUACCUCAUGCUACUUUGGUAGGACCAGCAUCUUCUCCAAUAGUGGCUUCUGGGGAGCCAGUUUCAGUUCCUGAAAAUUUGCUUAAAAUAUAUAAAGCAAAACCCGUCAUAUUUAAAGGGCAUGGGAACUUCCCUUACCUUUGUGGGAACCUUAAUGAUGUCAUAGUGAGCCCUCUUUUGUAUACAUGUUAUAAGAAUGCACAGUCUCUGUCUAGGUCUUAUGAACAAUAUGGAGCCUCCACUGUACAGCCAAUUUCAGAGGAAAUGCAGCUCUUGUUAACAGUGUAUUACCUUGUUCAGCUUGCUUCAGACCAGGUUCCUUUGAUUGAGGAUUUGGAACAGAUCUUCAUGCGUUCAUGGCGGGAGAUGUACCUCUCUGAAAUCCGCCAGUAUCAGCAGGCCAUUCCCCAAGUUUUUCCUCACCUUCCCGGCCCCAUUGCCCCAGUCACCUCAGCUCAGCUCCCAUGGCUAGCAGGCCUGGCAGCCAGCUCCUGCAAUGACAGCGUCCACAUCAUUGAGUGCAGCUAUUCGCUAGCUGAAGGGCUUUCAGAAAUGUUCAAGAUGCUCCUUGAAGGAAAGCUGGCAAAGACUAACUAUGUGGUGAUCAUCUGUGCUUGUAGAAACAGAGCCAUAGACUCUUGCAUCGUGGUUACAGGGAAAUAUCAAGCAAGAAUACUCUCCGAAAACAUGCUCACUCCAGCAGAAUAUCAGAAAGAAGUUAGUUACGAGCUAGUUACUGGGAAAGGAGAAGUUCUUGGAGCAUUUUUCAGUUCUCUCUGCCCAGAUGGUGACCUUGAUGCUUUGUUGGAUAAAUAUUAUCAAGAAAACAGAGCCCACAUAUCAUCAUCUCUCUCUGCUUCUGCAAAUAAACCGGCAACCCUCGAAGUAACUGGAGCAGCUGUGUGUACAAGUUAUAACCUUGAGCGGCAUCAGAUUCAUCCUUUCCAGCUCACUGUGGCCCAGAAAUUGCUCUCUCACGUUUGCUCCAUUGCAGAUUCCAGCACCCAAAACCUUGACUUGGGCUCUUUUGAGAAAGUAGAUUUCCUCAUUUGUGUGCCACCUUCAGAAGUGACAUAUCAGCAAACCCUCUCCCACCUCUGGCAUUCAGGUGUUUUGCUAGAGCUUGGCUUGGAGAAGGAACACCUUACAAAAGAGAGGGUGGAGCAAUAUGUUGUCAAGCUUGACACCGAUGCCCAGUUAAAGUUUAAAGCUUUUUUGCAAAACUCUUUGCAGAAUCCACACACCCUGUUUGUACUCAUCCAUGACCAUGCUCACCGGGACCUUGUAAGCGCAGUUCAUAGCCUGUAUCCUCAGUCAGAUCCAGCCGUGGGACUCGUGGAUAGACUGCUGAAUUGUAGAGAGGUGAAGGAAGCUCCCAAUAUUGUCACUCUUCAUGUGACUUCCUUUCCUUAUGCACUGCAGACCCAAUACACCCGCAUUAGCCCUUACAAUGAAAUUCACUGGCCUUCGUUAUACAACAAUGGUAUGGACUUAUAUCAUGAAAACAAGAAGUACUAUGGAUUGCAUGAAUUCAUUGAAUCCACACUUUCUGGACACAGUCUUCCAUUGCUUCGUUAUGACAGCUCUUUUGAAGCAAUGGUCAUGGCUUUGGGGAAAAGAUUUCCUCGGCUGCAUAGUGCAGUGAUAAGGACAUUUGUUCUUGUCCAGCACUACUCUGCAGCCAUGAUGGCAGUAUGCGGCUUAUCUCAGAUGAAAAAUUACACUACUGUUGAAACUUUAGAGAUCACGCAGAACCUCAUCAAUUCUUCCCAGCAGUGUCCCAGUGGACAUGGGCUGAUGGUGGUCUUAAGGAUACCUUGCAUGCCAUUGGCCGCGGUGGCUUAUGAACGCCUCAACCACGUGAGGGAAAGGCUUGCUUUGGAAGGCCGGUUUGAAAUCAUCUUGGGGAAUCCCAACUCUGGAAUGAACAUAGGGAAGCACUUUGUGGAACAACUCAAGAACUGGCAGAAAAUUGAAGAUGCUGAUUGGAGGCCCCAGACAUAUUUGGAACUGGAGGGUCUGCCUUGCAUUUUGAUUUUCAGUGGAAUGGAUCCUCAAGGAGAAUCCCUGCCAAGAUCCUUGAGAUACUGUGAUCUACGACUGAUAAACUCCUCGUGCCUGGUGAGAACAGCUUUGGAGCAAGAGCUUGGCUUGGCAGCCUAUUUUGUUAAUUCUGAAAGUACAGUAGAGAAAGGAGGAACCACAAACGAUGUCUUGGAGAGUGACCCAGAGAAACUGAGCAGUACUGAUAAUGAGGAUGAAGAAAUAGUAACGGAAGGCUCAACUUCCGAAAGAAGAAGCCCUGUGAACAGGGAGAGAUCUGGCUCUUGUGAUUCUGCCGAUUCAUCUGUCUCUUCAAAAGCAUCAAGCACACCGUUUUGCAGUGAAGCAUCUGCCGGGGAGGUAGGAAAAAAGUCCCCUCGUCAGAUGUUGGGCAGCAGUAAUGAAGAGAGUGUGAACAGCACCGAAAAGCCAAGGCCUAAAGUGGAGAAAGAGCCCAAACAGACCACGAUAGCUGCUCAGGCUUCCAUCUCUUCGUCGUCACCCUCUCCUUUCUCAUCUUCCUUGGCCUCGUCUGCCCCCACCCAUAGUUCCUUGCCUCUGCAGGGCUCUCAGUGUUCCAUGACUAAAGCCUCCCAGCAACCUCCCAUCGUUUACCUUCCCAAACUGAUGUAUGAUAUAGUGACCUCUGCAGACAGCACAGGCCUCCCCAAGUCCUCCUCCCUCUUGCCUUAUCAUUCAGUGAUGUGGGCAAGCUCUUUUCGCCCUCUCAUGAAUAAAAUGAUGACCUGCACGGAGCAGUCCCUCUAUUAUCGCCAGUGGACCGUUCCCAAGCCAAUCCACAUGGACUACAACAAUCGGAAUGAAGGGAGGAUGGAUACUUUUCACCCAAGGAGGCUGCUGCUGAAUGGGCCACCCCAGAUAGGAAAGACUGGUGCUUAUCUACAGUUUCUUAGCAUUUUAUCUCGAAUGUUGAUUCGGCUGACAGAAGUGGAUGUUUAUGAUGAAGAGGAGAUCAAUGUUGAUCUGAAAGAAAAUUCAGAACAAUAUUACCAUCAGCCAGGAGACGUGUGGCCUGAUUUAGAAACAUUUAAAAAGAUGCCUUUUGAUUAUACAAUCCAUGAUCCAAAAUAUGAAGACGCAAGUCUCAUUUGUUCAACGAUGCAGAAGACAAAGAGUGAUGAUAGAUCAACAAAGAGAAAAUCGGAGGAUCUGUACAUGCGCCGUCAGACAACUCGGAUGAGAUUAUCCAAAUAUGCUGCUUACAACACUUACCAUCACUGUGAACAAUGUCAUCAAUAUAUGGGCUUUAAUCCCAGGUAUCAGCUUUAUGAAUCUACCUUGCAUGCUUUUGCCUUUUCCUAUUCAAUGCUUGGAGAAGAAAUUCAGCUACACUUCAUUAUCCCUAAAUCGAAGGAGCAUCAUUUUGUCUUUAGCCAUCCAGGAAGGCAGCUGGAAAGUAUGAGAUUGCCUCUUGUCACAGAUCAGAGCCAGGACUACAUAAAGAGCCCAACUUUUACUCCUACAACAGGACGCCACGAACACGGACUUUUUAAUCUUUAUCAUGCAAUGGAUGGAGCCAACCAUUUGCACGUUUUAGUUGUCAAAGAAUAUGAAAUGGCAAUAUAUAAAAAAUAUUGGCCCAAUCACAUCAUGCUUGUUUUGCCAAGUAUUUUCAACAGUGCUGGAGUAG